AUGAGCAACACAGUCCUUUUUCCAACCAUCCCCAAUGCCGCCGGAACAACGAUGGAUGUGGACACUAAUGCUUCUGUUGUCUCUGUCGCUCACCAUAGUACUGCUCUCGAGAUCUGCGAUCUCGUAUACGGCUCUACAAUUCCUCCCUGGGACGUGAUCGAACGUUUUUACGAGCCAAGUGCGAAGUACGAGAAUCCAUUGAUCACAGCUACGUCUCGCGCUGCCAUUGCCGAUAUCAAUGCUAUGGCGAGUCGUCUUUCGCAGGUGGACGUACCGAAUCCUGCUGUAGUCCUCUCCGCUCUUUUUGGUACCACAAGAAGUGAAGGGUUACAGAUAUAUGCGAAAGCGAGAGCUUCGAGAUUGUAUCAUCACCGGAGAACAAUCGUCGAACAUACCCUUCAUAUUGUCCUACUACCGGGUCUCCAAUCUUCCGAUGCCGCCGUAUCCCAUCCGGUUCCGUCGAAUGCUUCCGAUUUGUCAAUAUCAUUUCCUGCUCCGUCAUAUUCUCACCAGCCCUCUGCGCAAAUUGAUCUGCGUGAUAUCUUGUAUCAAUUGCAACCGUCCCCUUUUCACCUGCGUCUACCACUUAUUACGCGGCUCUCCUUCAACGACGCUGGGAAGAUCACACAUCACCGGGAUUAUUGGGACGUGAAGGACUUACUAAAUCUCAUACCCGGCAUGACGCUUGCGCAGUGUAUCGCAAGUCGUAUCUUUGCGCAAAGUAUCAGAGGGGUCGUAUGCGCAAGCCGGUUACUUGUCGGCUCUCCCCUGCCCAGCACGAAGAUCGGACUGGGUAAAUCCCAGCCUAAACGUGCGCGAGACGAGGAGGAAGGGCUAUCCCCUGCCGCGGCAUAUGCAAAGACGAUCGGGACGAACGUUGUCAUCGGGGCCACUGAUUGGACGUGA